CGUACGGCGUUUGUUCAAUGCGCUCCGCUGUUAAUAAAAUAAAAGAAUUGAUAAUUAUAUAAUGAAUAUAUUAAAAACUGAUGUGACAUGUGUUUAACGUAAGAAGAUUUCUAAUUUUCAUUUAUUAAAGGUAUUUGUGAAAAGAAUAUAAAAAUGAGUGAUAACGUGAGUUUUAAAGAUAUUAUGGAGCCGCGGAGGACUGAGAGUGGGAUAUUCAGGUUCAUGUCGCGGGCCUGGUACCCGCAGAGGACCCUGGUGAUGGAAAAGUACCUGAGCCCUCAGGAUCUGAAGGAUGCGGCUGCAAAUUCGGUCUUCUUAGAAACUGUGAUUGAGGCGGAAAGUCUAAGAACGGGUGUCUCAAAAGAGAAGUUAAAAGAAGAAGUACAGCAAUACCUGGAAGAGAUGGGGCUGGAAAAGAAGCUGCACGUGAUCCGAUGGAUGGGGAUCGUAUUCCUCAAGAUCGCCUUCAUGAUGAAGAUCGGGAUUUAUGUCAAUGAACCGGCAGUAUUAAAGCUGAAAGACGUGAUGGGAUCAAACCCAGUGCUCUUCCUGCCCACACACCGCAGCUAUGCAGACUUCUGUGUCAUGACGUACCUGUGCUACCACUAUGAUAUAGACUUUCCGGCCGUCGCUGCUGGAAUGGACUUCUACUCCAUGGCGGUGGUUGGGCGACGCAUGCGCGAGACGUGCGCGUUCUACAUUCGCCGCACGCUGGUGGGGGCUCCCCUCUACGCCGCCACGCUCAAGCAGUACGUGCGGACGCUGGUGGCCAAACACUGCUCGCCCGUCGAGUUCUUCCUCGAAGGGACCAGAAGCAGGAGCAAUAAAAGCCUGCCUCCUAAAUAUGGUAUGCUCUCAAUGAGUCUGGUGCCAUGGUUUGCGCGUGAAGUGAGCGACAUCACGAUCGUCCCGAUCAAUAUCAGUUACGACCGUCUCAUGGAACACGGACUGUUCGCUUACGAGCACCUGGGUGUGCCGAAACCUAAAGAAUCCACCGGGGGUCUGCUGAGGUCCCUCCACCGCCUAAACGACCACUUCGGCAACAUCUACAUCAACCUGGGGUCCCCCCUCUCCGUCCGCGAGUACCUCCACGCCCCCACCGAAAGCGCCGAGCGCCUCAAACCCGUACACCUCCAGCAACUCACUCCAGCACAGUUCCAAAACGUCCAAGACUUAGCCAAUUACGUCAUAACAUUGCAACAGGAAAAUACUGUAGCGACUAUCUCGAAUUUACUAGCUUUAGUCCUCAUGCAGAGCUUAAUGAAAAGUGAGGUAUUAAGUAUCUCACAAGUUUAUAGUGAAGUUGAAUGGAUGGUGGCAGUGCUGAGGCAACUAGGCGCGUCGGUGUUUGAGAAUGACGUAAAGAGUAGCGUGGAGAGAGUGCUGGUGGUUCAUAGGAGCAUGAUGAGAGUGGACCAGCAUGGGAGACUCAGGCUGGUGUCUGGUGAGGUCAUGGAGGUGUCGGCGGAUGUGCAGAAGAAGAUGAAAGGCCACAUAAUGAAAGCGGAGACGAUGGUGAACGCCGUGCCUAUAAUCCAGCUCCAACUAUACGUGAACCCGGUCCUACACUACCUCGUGCCGCCCGCCGUAUUGUGCGUCAUUGUUGCUAGGGGACCAACUAGUAGAGAACAGUUGGCGGCAGACUACAACCGCAUCAGGACGAUGCUUAGACACGAAUUUUUCCACCUCGAGAAGACUGAAGCCGAGACUUUCUCGCAAGCCCUAGAAUACUGCCUGCAAAAUGGAGUACUCCACACAGAAGACGACCUAACCUUCACACCAGGCUCGGACGGGAAAUUGUCGUAUUUGCUCAAAUGGGCUAUUUGGCCCGCUCUCUCCACGCUGCUCAUCUGUGCUGACGUCAUGACACAGCAAACAAGCUGCACACACAAGCAAGUUCUCAGGCUGGUGCAAGCGGCGGCCGAGGCGCAGCGGCGGCACCCCUACUGCCUCAGCCUCGACGCCGGCGCCAGCUGCUGCAGCGGCCUGCUGCUGGCCGGGGCCGCACUCAGGGACAAGAGUGCCACGGAACAAACAUACAUCGUAUCACCAGCCGUAUUGUCCGAAUGCCGCCGCCUCGUCAGCUCCGUACUACCCGAGUUCGAAGUCGACUUCACCGCAACAAACCCCGUCAUCUUGGACCAGAAACUCGCUUCUAGACUAUAGAUUGAUUUAAUUGUUGUU